GGCUAUCCUGAAUUAGUAUUAGUGUGUAUUAUCCUUGACGAAGAAAGCACAUGACACGUGACACGCAUUAUAACCUGAAAAAAAUUCCAUAAAUUUUUUUUAAAAAGGCAAUGUUUUUGUUUUUCUUUGAGCUUGAGCCAUGAGUGUAUUUCACGACGAAAUCGAAAUAGAAGACUUUGAAUUCGACGAGGAAGACGAAAUUUACUAUUACCCGUGCCCGUGUGGAGAUAGAUUUCAAAUUUCGAAGGAGGAGCUGCUUGAAGGAGAGGAGGUAGCAACGUGCCCCAGCUGCUCUCUGAUUAUAAAAGUAAUUUACGACAAGGAAUCGUUUGUAAAAGAACAAAGCGAAGUCCAAGCAUUAACAGAAGACUUAAAGAAGCUCCAAGUAGUAAAAUGAGUCAAGGAAGAGGUCGUGGGGCCAGAGGAGGGCGAGGAGGCCUAACUAGAACCUUUAAUCGGGAACAAUUGACUGCUAUGGGGAUAAUCAAUGAAGCAGCACCAACUCUUGUGACACAGCCUCCUCCAUUAUUUCCUUUAUUAGAACAUAGGCCUUUGCCUAUAAGGAAAACAGCAGAACUGGACUAUUUAGUCACCCUCCGUCAAGACUUCGUGGACCACAUGCAACUGUCGAGUUCAUAUAUAAGAACGCCUGUAGAGGCCAAGGAGCAGCACAAAAAAGAAAUUGAUAAAAUUCUUGACCAACUCCAAAGUGGAAAUGCUAAAGACGAAUACGAUUGGGGUAUGUUUCCAGCCGAAUUGAGACCGAAAAGCUUGGCUAAAAAAGUUGUAGUCAAGCGAACUAAUGCCGAAGUAAAUGUUGAAGAUAAACUGAACGCUUUGGAGAAACAAGAAGAAUCUAAAAAAAUGAAAAUAAAAGAGGAAACUGUUGAAGAAGAAGAGGAAGAGGUUGAAGAGCAGCAAGAAGAAGACCAUGAAAUGGAUGAUGGAACUGAUUAUGCCAAUAAUUAUUUCGAUAAUGGUGAAAAUGAAGAUGAGGACGAAUAUAUGAGCGAAGGACCUAUUUUCUAAUGUUUAAUUAUUUUAUUGUAUGAUAUUAAAUUAAUUGUUUUGUUUUACAUUUCUUUAUUUACUACAGCUUUAUUGUUGAAGCUAGCAUUAAUUUAUCCUUGUUCAUUUUCCCAUAGUUCGCAAAUCGCAAUACCUUUCUUAAGGUAUGUUUGACGGUAAUAUGCUUGGGUUUGGAGGCCGUUAUAUUUUAACGGCCAAGUAUAACUACAUUUCUAAUCCUGAUCAUGCUAUAAAACAUUUUUCUACGAGCGUGCGCAAAGUUAUUACUUUGCGAUAACUUUGCGCACUCAUUUGCAAAGUUGAACUUUGCGCACUAAUUUUUGUUACGCAUAGUUACCGCAUUUAUACUCGAUUUUUCAAUGUUUUGUGGGUUUCUUGAUAUUCAGAAAGAAGGGCCUGAUGUUAUUUUUGUUCCAAUAA